UUGUGCUUAACAGAGGAAGAAGAAAAACAAACUCGACCAACAGCAGUGUCAACAGGAUCUAAAGACUGCAGAGAAGAUUGGGGACAUGUUUCCGAGUUCGUGUGCAUCCAGUGGGACUCCGACACAUCUUGCUCUCAUUGUCGGACGGUAAACGGAGUGAAACACAGUAAGUGAAACGAACUCAGGGCGCUGUCUCUGUAUUAAGGGAUAAAAAAGCGCUACAUACUUAUUCAUACUCUAACGAUUUUUUAAGGUUUGGUGUCAAAACAGUACCCCAAUCUGGAGCUGACGUACCUAUGUAAACAGAGAAAUUAUAGCUAUAUCCUUGUUUGUAGCGCGUGUGGGUCAAUGUCGAAAUGUAAUUUCAGUUGUCAUCUCUGACUGUGGUUAUAAGGAAAAGACCAGCUUGAAAUACUCUCGCAGGCUAAUUUGUCAUCUUGUGCGAAGAGCAUUUCACCGUUUUACGCACUGUAAAAGGUAAGCUUCAUAGUCUAUAUGUAUAUCAAAGGUAAAUAUUCAGUGUUACUGUUCCAGAUUUUAACACAGUUUAUUGGUCAUGCUAAACACAAAAAAGUCCGUUUCUCAGAUUGUGUUUAACUUUUAACAAAUUGUUAUUAAAUUGCAGCGAUGAAAUUAAAGCCUGUUUUUAAUAAGAUAUUAAUUUAGUCAUUUAUUCUUUGUCGUACCUUUCAGUUUCAAUUCUAGUUAAAUGGUCUACUUUCUGAAAGGCGUCACUAGCCUUAUGGUAAGGCUUGUUCAUGUGGCUCCACCCUGACCCACUGCGCAAUGUGACGUCGUAGUGACGUGACCCUGACCGACGGACCCAAUAUAGACAUGAUCUGCACGUCUAUCCGACGUCCAAUGUUUAGUGGGGAGCUUCAUCUGCCACGCGUAAAAGAUGCAUACAAUGCUGCCAAAUAUUCUCAGCAUGGCUCUACUCACUUCUAAUUUAACAGAAAAGCAAAGAAAGCAGCUCUGUGGCUUAAUGGGGAAUGUAAAACUCACUCUUCUCUACAAAGCUUCAGUUCAUGGAUAUCAAGCUUCUGCCUUCCAUCAGCGAUGUGACCGUCAGGGUCCCACUUUACUUGUAGCCUACAACCGUUCAGGCUACACGUUUGGUGGAUACACUAGUGUAGAUUAUGCUCAAAGUGGGCAACAGAUUACUGAUGAGACGUCUUUCAUGUUCAGUUUUCAAGGAGGAGCCCCUGUUCGCUUCAACUGUAGCAGUGACUGUUAUGCACGUUAUGAUGAUGCUGGAGGGCCCAACUUUGGUGAACAAUUCUACUUUUGUUACAACAACCAACCAGUUGUGUAUGAUCAAGGAAGAGAUUUAUAUUUUAGAGCAAGGGUUAAAGCAUUCAAUUUUCAUCCUGCCACACUAUAUGGGAAUGAUACUCAGCUAAGUGAAUGCGAGGUGUACAAAGUGGAACAAAUUCCUCAGAUCAGUGCCAAAAUAAAGCCAUGGAGGAACGUUCUGUGGACAGCUAAACGAAGGGCAGAGCUCAUGGACAUGAUCAGGAAAUAUAAACCCAUAAUGACGUCUGUGAGUCAAAUCAGAAUCCUAAUGAUCGGUCCUGUAGGUGCUGGAAAAUCCAGUUUCUUCAACUCCAUCAACUCCAUCUUCAUGGGCCGCAUUACCAGCAAAGCCAUGUCAGGAUCUGCAGGCACUAGUCUCACCACACAGUUUCGCACAUAUCCAGUGAAAGAUGGUCGUGAGGGAAAGCCAUUGCCAUUUGUGUUGUGUGACACCAUGGGACUGGAGGAGCAAUCAGGUGCAGGACUGGAUAUUGAGGACAUCAGCAGCAUUCUUCAAGGUCACAUACCAGACCGCUAUAAAUUCAACCCCACCUCAACGUUUCAACCCAAUGAGCAAAAGGCCUCCAGACCUGCAUCUCUACAGGAGAAGAUCCACUGUGUGGUGUACGUGAUAGACACCACCAAAAUCUCCCUCAUGUCUGACAAACUACAGGAAAAACUCACCACCAUACGCAGAAAAGUCAACUCACUUGCCAUUCCCCAGAUGGUUUUGAUGACAAAAGUAGAUGAAGCAUGUCCUGAGGUGGAGAAAGAUCUUCAAAGCCUUUAUGUCAGCUCCUACAUCAAGUCAAAGGUUCAGGAGGUGAGCUCUCGGUUGGGUGUGCCGGUGUCUUGUGUGUUACCGGUGAAGAACUACAGUCAGGAGCUGGAGCUGGAGCUCAACUGUGACGUCCUGCUGCUCACUGCUCUACAGCAGAUGCUCAACUUCGCAGACGACUAUCUGGAUGAUGUUGGUCCUAUGUAGGACAGUUUAAUAAAGUGCUACUAGUACAGUUUUAUCUCCCUUUGUAGCUUAUCAUUUUAUCUCUGUAUAGAAUAUACUAUUUAUACUCUGCUAUUAACAGUUUAUAAUCUACUGUUUGAGGGAUAAUGUAUAUAUAUAUAUAUAUAUAUAUAUAUAUAUAUAUAUAUAUAUAUAUAAAGUCAACUCUGACAUACCCAAAAAGUCUUCAUACAGUGGACUGCCAGUAAAAUUGAUAAAAAAAAUUCGGACACUUCAACCUGACCAUAUUUUGUUUAGUUCUGUGUUUUUUCUUUGAUUGCUAAUAUGACCUUCUUACACCACAGACUGAACAAAAUUAAGCUUUGCUUGGUAAUUGGCCAACAAAAUAUUGAUAAUUGUAUAAAUAUUGUCAUACUAA